AUGGCCAUAGACACCGAAGAAGAAGCCAUCUCUGAGUUCCUGGAGGCAUUGAAAGAAGAACCACAACAGCCCGAUCCAAAGAUGAAGAAGACCAAGCUCGAAAAUCAUGAAGCUGCUGAGUUCCAGAAUUCACGAUCUGAACCUUAUAUGUUCACGACGUGGGCCCGUCAUGAACAUAAAAAAUCUGUAGUUGGUUCGGCUUAUCAGCCGCCUUUGCCUUUUCCUUCCCAAGCUACCCUUAGUCCACUAGAGAGAGAGCACAGAGAGUUUGUCAAGCAUGUGAAGGGGAUUCCGAUUAAUAAUCCCUUUGUCGAGUCCUUAUCCAAAACUCCCGAGCAUCAAAAAUUACUACAAGAUUUGAUAGACACUUGCAAGCAAUUAAAGAAACAGUCUAAGGUGGUUCUAAGUGAACAAAGCUCAAAAGCUGUGUUGGGAGAGACACCAGAGAAGAUGGGGGAUCCUGGACGCCUCACUCUUCCGUGUGAGUUUGUAAUGGAUAUGAAGGAAGAUCCUGAUAUUCCAUUUAUCCUUGGCCGUCCAUUGCUUAACCCUGCUGGAGCUCUUGUUGAUAUCCGCAAGUCUAAGCUCACCUUGAGAGUUGGAGAUGAAAAAGAAGUUUUUGGGAUAGAAGAUGGUUUCCCAAAGGAACAUUUUCAAGAAGAGGGGAAUGGUGGGUGGAUCAAAGAGGAUCCCGAAGAGGAUCCUGAGGAGCUAAUGGAAGAAGAACCCGAAGAGGACCUUGAGGAGCUAAUGGAAGAAGAACCCAAAGAGGAUCCUGAAGAGGAUCUAGAAGUGGAGGAAGAAGAAGACAAAGAAGAGGAAGAGGAGGACUUGGACGCGGUGUCUGAAGUCAUAAAGCCUCCUUCCGUCACUCGAGUCCCUGUACAUUGUUUAGGCUACAAUGGACCCAUGCCCCAUUGGGCGGAAGAAUUUGAGAGGUGGAGCCGGUAG